UUACUCCGUCGCGUAGACACUGUAGUAUCAGGUUCAUGCACUCUCAAUAUCAUGCAAGCCAAAGAAGGUGCAACCAAAAUCAAUGAUUUGGAUGUUUACACCACUCUUCAGAAAUUCGAGGAAUUGGUCAGUUUCUUCACAGAGACGGAACACUAUAAUCUCAUAAGGAACUUCCAUCGUCCUCCCCCAGGUCCGUAUAACACGUCCAGCAUUGCCAAACUAUUCAGGCUGCAAAAAGCCAAACAAAAUGUUGAUAUCAUAGUCACAAACCUAUCCUCAGCCGUGGCGCCCAUCUUCCAAUUCCAUUCAACAAUCAUCAUGAAUUUUAUAUCAGCGGACGUCAUUUUCUGUGCCUACCCAGCAUGGACGUUGGACAUGCUCGGUUUCAUACACCCCCGCACAUACAAACAAAAUGGAACCAACUACGCGACUAUCAAAGGUCUCGCGAAAUACAUGGAAAGGGGUUUUACCCUGUACUCAGAUGUCUGCGAAUUGCAACCUCAUGAUUCCCACUGCAUCAAAACAUACUAUUGCCCGCACAUGUCGCAGAGCACUAAUGACAAAGGCAAAUUAGCCUGGGAGUUCAAACACACCAAGACAGACACUAAUGUAGUCGUUUGGUGUCUGGGAGGUGAUCAAUGCAGCAAUGAGAGGAUCGCUGGAGCACCGUCAUUUGUUUUCAGUACCUGA